AUGGGGUUCGAUUUCUCGCGGCGCCCGCUCUUCCUGUCAGGCGUGAGUAACGCCCGCCCACCCGCCGACGGCGGCGCGAGUAACGUCUCCCCAUCCGCCGACAGUCCGGCCGAAGCCCCUGGCGUGGCCCCGGCCCGGCCCGGCUGGGACACCGACUCCAGUGACUCGGCCUCGGCGGGCUCUCACUCGGAGCGCCCCCUGGUGCGCGCCGUGUACGCCUACCUCAGCAGCGGCGAACACCAGCUGAGCUUCCACGAGGGCGACACCAUCGCCUGCAUCGGCGAGAGAAACAAGGGCUGGCAGUUCGGCGAGAACGUGCGCACGCACCGGUGCGGCUGGUUCCCAGCGGCCUACACCGAACUAGUGGCCGACUCCAGCAGCUCGCACGGCUCCGAGUCCAGCGCUGAGUACGUGUCAUCCCAAUCCAACGCAAAGAACGCGUAA